AUGGCCAGUGGUUUGCGUAUCUUAGUACCCGUUAAGCGGGUGAUCGACUACGCGAUCAAACCCCGUAUCAACAAGGCCCAGACCGGCGUCGAAACCUCCGGCGUUAAGCACUCGCUCAACCCAUUCGACGAACUCUCGAUCGAGGAGGCCGUCCGUCUCCGUGAGCGCAAGGGUCCCCUCAAAGUCGAGAACAUUCUCGCUCUCUCCGCGGGCGGAGCCAAAUGCGCUGAUACCCUCCGCACGGCGAUGGCCAUGGGCGCCGACCGCGCGUUCCACGUCGACGUCCCCGACUCCAACGAUGGGGGCCUGGAGCCUCUUACCGUCGCGAAGAUGCUGAAGGAGGUUGUCAACAAGGAGAACAUCAACCUGGUGCUGCUCGGGAAGCAGGCUAUCGAUGGUGACCAGGGUCAGACGGGUCAGAUGCUCGCGGGCCUGUUGGGCUGGCCUCAGGCGACGCAGGCUAGCAAGGUGGAUAUCAAGGAUGAGCAGGGAACCGUGGAGGUUACCCAUGAGGUUGAUGGCGGCGUUGAGACUCUUCGGGCCAAGUUGCCUCUCAUCAUUACUACCGACUUGCGACUCAACGAGCCGAGGUAUGCCACUCUGCCGAACAUCAUGAAGGCCAAGAAGAAGCCGUUGGAGAAGAAGACGCUGGCAGACUUUGGUAUAGAGGAUAAGAAGCGGUUGAAGACGCUGAAGGUCACUGAACCCCCAGCCCGCCAGGGCGGCGGUAAGGUCGAGGACGUCGACGGAUUGAUCGGAAAGCUGAAGGAGCUGGGCGCUCUGUGA